GCUGCGCUGCCCGGCACUGUCCGGCGCUGAGGGUUGAGCAGGAGGAGCCCGGAGCAGUCAGGGCGGCCGUCCUGCUCGGUGCCCGCCACCCCGCGCGCCGCCCGCACUAUGGCCGCCCCGCCGCAGCUGCGGACUCUGCUCCUUGCGAUCAACGCACUGUUGCGCAAGCGCCGCUACCACGCAGCGUUGUCCAUGCUUAAGGGCUUCCGGAACGGGGCUGUCUAUGGAGUCAAAAUCCGGGCCCCUCACGCACUGGUCAUGACCUUUCUCUUCCGGAGUGGCAGCCUCCGGGAGAAGCUGUGGGCUAUCCUGCAGGCCACGUACACUCACUCCCGGAACCUGGCCAGCUUUGUGUUCACUUACAAGGGUCUCUGCGCCCUGCAGUCCCACCUCCAGGGCGAGACCUACCAGGUGCACUCAUUCGUGGCUGCCUUCCUUGGGGGCGUCCUGGUGUUUGGAAACAACAAUAACAUCAACAGCCAGAUCAACAUGUACCUGAUGUCACGCCUCCUGUUUGCCCUGUGCCGCCUGGGCGUGGGGAAGGGCUACAUCCCUGAGCCCAGGUGGGACCCGUUCCCGUUGUUCACCGGGCUGCUGUGGGGGCUGGUCCUGUGGCUCUUCGAGUACCACCGGCCCACGCUGCAGCCCUCUCUGCAGUCCUCCAUGACCUACCUGUACGAGGACAGCAACGUGUGGCACGACCUCUCGGACUUCCUCAUCUACAGCAAGAGGCGCCCCUCCGAGUAACUUGGCCCCAAGGUGCUCAUGGAGGCUCCCGCGCCCAAGUCACCUCCGGCGGGCUCAGCUCGAGAUUGGCUCCAUCAGCGAAUCAUCCCAGGGGAUCCGGCCUUUUCAAGACCCGGGGUGCGAAUCAUCCCAGGGGAUCCGGCCUUUUCAAGACCCGGGGUCUCAGACUCUUUUAUUAGCCCGGGGUUCCAUUUGCCGAAGUGAAAGCACUGAUUUUCAGACCCCAUUAGGUACUCUUGAAUGGUGGAACGAGCCGCCAGAUCAGGCUGAGGAGACUUGGGCGCGGUGACAGCUGUGCCGCUGACUCUGUGAGACCAGGGAAAGUCACACCCCACCCUGGGCCUCAGGGGUCAUCGCACUCAGAGGAGGGCACUGAAGUCUCUUUCUGGUGGGUAUGUUUUCCGACCGUUCUUCUGGAACAGAGGGCUCCUGGCUGGUGGGCAGUGGGUUGCAAAUGCGUUUUUAGAAAAUAUUCAGUUCCUCGUCUUAGGUGUUCUACUGGAGAAGCUCUAGCGUUUCCACUGUCCAAUAGAAACACGAUGUGAGUCAUAGACGUGAUUGAAAUUUUUUUAGUAGCCACAUUUUUUAAAAAGUGGAGGAAAUUCCCUGGUGGUCCAGUGGUUAGGACUCCGAGCUUUCACUGCCAAGGGCACGGGUUCAAUCCCUGGUUGGGGAACUAAGAUCCCACAAGUCGUGGGGUGUGGCCAAAAAAAAAAAAAGGUGGGGAGGAAAGAAGCAGGUGAGAUAAACCUUAAUCAUAUCUUUUAACCCAGUAUUUCUAAAAUAUUAUCAUUUUAACAUGUAAUAAAUAUAAAAGUUACUGAGAUA